AUACCAACCGCGAGUUAAAACCGCCGAAACCGCCAGUCGAAGACUAGCAACGUUCGCGUGCAGCCACCACACUUGAGAGCUCCGGAGCUACAGCACAGUUUGUGAAACCGGUCCCAGCGCCAGGAAAUCGAUAGGAGCCACAGUGAAGGCAGACUUUAGAAGGGAGUUUUUCAACGCAAAGAGCAACAGCAGUACGAAAUGGCCCUGGCAGAGAGCACCACCAAGACGGAGAUGACGCUGACCGAAACGUCGACGCCCGUCAUCUCGAAGGAGGUGAUCGUCGAGAAGUCGUCCGAGGGUGUGUCGGAGAAGAGCAUCACGCAAUCGAAGAGCUACGGUUCGGCGAGCGAGAAGUCGAUGGUCGAGGAGUCGGCCAACUCGAUCACCAAGAAGCAGGAAAAAUCGGAAUCCGCUUUCGCCUCGGAGCGCAGCGUUUCCGAGAUCGUCUCGGACAAUGGUGCCCUCUCGUCGUCGCUCCAGUCCUCGUCAUCCAUCGUCAGCUCGGUCACCAGCAGCAAGGUGGUUUCGUCCUCGUUCAGCUCGUCGACCUCCUCCUCGAUCUCAUCCUCGUCGUCGCUCAAAUCGACCUCCUCGUUCGAUUCCAGCUCGGCCAUCGACGAGUUCUUCAAGAACUGAACGGAGUCCCGUCUCCAAACAGAGAGAGAGAGCGCAGAUCUUUCCGAAUGUGAUCACCUUCUCGUUGUCUCUGAUGCCAUUUUAUUUCAUUUCCAUCGCACAUUCUCAUGAUAUUAUUUCGCACCAACUCGGGCACAAACUCCGUAGUGGGGCGGAAGAUGGGAGUAGGAAGGGCUUGGCUCGCCGGAUGGGCGACGCGAGCACAGCUGACCGCGUGCCAUAAACAUAACUUCCAAACACAUCUCUCUAACAACGACAAAUCGUGUUUCGAAAUAUCGUAAGAAUAAUAAAACAAAAACAAAAACCCCCAUAUGACCACCGAUGGUCGGUGGCAAUCGUA